CUCAGUUUAUAUGAUGGAGGCGUUUAACCUGAGCUCAGUCUUGUCGGCCACGUGUUUCGGGCAGGUUCCGACAUGUACCUGAGUAAAACACACUUUACAGGUUUUACCUUCUCUCUGUCCCUCUGCACUUUGACCCUCCUCUUGUCUUUCGUCUUCGGGACGUCCGCUGAAGGUUGGCCUCAUGUGAUUGGUGCACUUCAGCCAGUCAUCGCUGCCCCAGGUGAUGACGUCAUCCUGCCAUGCUAUGUGGAUCCUCCGGUCAGCGUGCGGGAUCUGAGUGUGGAGUGGUCGAAGCCUGAUCUCAAGUCCGACCCCUCAGACCCACAGAGCCGGGUCAGGUAUGUGCAUGUUUACCGGGGCAGACGAGAAGAUGUGAAUCUGCAGAUCGGGUCAUAUGCCAAGAGGACGACGCUGUUCACAGACGCCCUGGAAAGAGGAAACAUAUCACUCCAGAUCAAGAACGUGACGCUCGCAGACCAAGGCAGAUACAGAUGUUUCAUCCCGAAGAUAAAUACCAACAUGAAUGACGCAGUUGUUCAGCUUGUUGUCGAUCCAAAGUUUGUUAAAAUGUCACCAAGCGAGCCGCCGCUGCAGCCCAGGGAUCACCAAACCCCGGGUCCAGAGGACACGACACACGUUACAGGCGGUCGGUCCCAUCUGGCCCUUUGGAUCCCGACUGUGGUUGUCAUCAUCCUGCUGAUGGUCCUGGGCGGUGCAGUCGGAGGAUACUUAGCUAAACACAAGGUCCUACAACAAGACGUUCCACCGUAUGAGGCCGCCCAUAACAAACCAGCUCCAGCCUAGGUGCCUUGCUCAGGGGCACUUUCCUCGUUGUUGUUAGUGGGAGCAUUAAAAGAGCGGGAGGUAAAUGUACCACUCCUGGACCUUUGACCUGACUUCAUGGAUUCAAACCAGCAACACCUGCACCACAGGGACAGCCACCUCUACAUGGAGUAAUUGGAUUGUUUUGCAUCCAGAGCGUCUCUAACACCUGCUUCUGAGUGUGCAGGCAGUUUUUCACCCAAUAAGAAGCUUUUGGAUGCAGCCGUAUCAAACACAGGAGGAAUCUGAUCCUCCUGGAAAAGGCUGUUUGGAAACGGAACCUAAAUCCUCCUGUUGACUCUGCGUGUGAUCAGUGGCAAGAUCGCUCGGCAUCAACAUGAGCCUUCUUCUGUUUCUGUGGAUACAGUUUGCUCAGAUUUUAUACCUCGUACUUAAUUCUCAGCUGCACCUUUGUUGGUUGAGAACCUUUCGGUGGUCAACCAGAGCUGUUUCACAUGACCUCACAGCGACCUGAGAUCCAGUUUCAUGCGCUCAAACCUCUUUUUAUUUAUUUAUUUUUUUCUGUGAGUGUCAUAUUUUGUGUGGAACUGAAAUCCAUAAUUUACAGCCUUUUGUUUUUUACCUCAUUUAACCCUGGCUGGGUGAAGAAGAAUGUUACCAGCAAAGACAAGACUUGUUGAUUUGUUAUAAAUCCUCCUAGCUUUUAUUUAUAUUACAGUUAAAACUGCACUUAAAGAGAGGACGCUGUGUAGAGGAUUAGUUUAUAGUUAUUUCUGUUAGUGUAACUGACUUGAGGCCACACCCCCUUAUUGUUUACAUUCAUUAAAUGUGAGUCUACGAGCACGUUUCACACUGUGGUGUGUAAAAUGUGGAUUUGAGUUGCAGUUGUCUGGUACAACGGUUUCAGAGCUGAAGGACAUUUAUUUUGAAGUUUAAACGCUCGCUGCUCCUGUGACAUCGACUGUGAAAGUGCCUUUGAGCAGGGCACCUCUUCCUCACUACAGUUAUUAGAUUGUUAUUGUUUCUGUUUGGGGGAAAAUGUUCCAAUGUUUGGUUUUGAGCACCCACUUUCAAAUCAGUUACCUCUAAUGUAAAGUCAGACUGGAGUACUACAUUAAAGCACGUUUGUGCACUUUAUAAAUCUGUUCUGUUUUAGGGAUGUUAAUGAUGUUGAACAGUUUGUUCAAGCUAUGACCCUUUAUUUAUUAAAAGUGUCUGCACCUGU